AUGGAUACUCGGUUUCCGUUCUCUCCGGCUGAGGUUUCUAAGGUCCGGGUGGUCCAGUUUGGAAUACUCAGCCCCGAUGAAAUCGUAAUGCUUCUUCUUCUUUCUCCGUUUUCUAGCUUUUUUUUUCCUGCUCGUUGCGCCGCCGUCUGUUUUGACCGGCGGGGAGAAUUGGAGUUCGGUAGUCGUUAG